AUGGUCGAAACUAAGAAACAUGUUAAAUUUUUACAAAGGCACCUUCUGUUGUUACCUCCAAAAGCUCAAUCGCAGGACCCUAAUAAGCUGGGAAUAGUAUAUUAUGCAAUUGCUGGUUUAGCGUUACUAGAUGAGAGUGCUUUAUCUGCAUACACUAAAAAUAAAGACUGGAUUUAUAAACAUUAUAAAGAAUUUGAUCCUCCAUCGAAUUCCAAAAGAAUAGCAGGUUUUAUUGGCAGUCAACUUUUGUCACUUGAUGGACAAGUAACCAUUAAUCUAUCAAACACGUUAUUUGCGCUAAUUAUCUUAAAUAUCAUUGAUGAUUGUGAUGGUAGAAGCAAAAAUAUAAAUUAUGAACAUAUUCGGAAUUUUGUCUCUCAAUGUCAAGUACCCAAUGGUCAAUUUGUGUCUUCUCUUGAUUCCUUCACUGGUUUACCAUCUAGAGUUGAUUCAACAGACUUGAGGUACUGUUAUAUUGCAGUUGCUAUAUUGUAUUUCACUGGUUGUAGAACUAGAGCAAACUUUGAUAAGCAUAUUCAUGUCGAAUCACUGCUCGCUUUUGUAAAAUCUCAAGAAUGCAUGAACGGUGGGUAUGGAGAGUAUUUAGAAGCCCAUGCAGGGUACACUUCGUGUGCUUUAUCUUUAUUGAAACUGCUUGGUUGUGAAGCAGAACUUACAGAAUCAUUCAGAUGGCAUACAAUUACAUGGCUACUGGACAGACAAGUUUCUAAUACGGGAUGCAUGUCUUUACAAGAAGACAAUCAGAACUAUGAACAGGAUGACCACGGUGGAUUCCAAGGAAGAGAGAAUAAAUUUGCGGAUACAUGUUACGUAUUCUGGUGUUUAAAUUCGCUUAAGAUUCUAUCACCAGAUAAUUGGAAAUCUCUUUGUGAAAUCAAUAUAGCAAAAGAAUUUUUAAUGGAUAAAACACAAGAUAAAUUACUGGGAGGCUUUAGUAAAACUGACGUUGAUGAUCCAGAUAUCUACCAUACCUACUUGGGGUUAGCAUCGUUGGGUCUAUUAGAUGGUUCAUUGAACGGAGAACUGUGCAUCCCAACAAAAUAUCAACCUCGAUAG